AUGACAAACAACCCCCGAUUGAUAGAUGACCAUUUUGCUUUUCUCUCAGCGGACCUUUCCGGACGCGUCAUUUACGGAACGGAUGCAUCGAUAGUGGAAUAUCCGUUCGCAGCAUCGUUGCGCAGGAAUAAUCGUCACAUCUGUGGCGGUAGCAUUCUCACGCAGUACUGGAUUCUGACGGCCGCGCAUUGUCUGAGCAGAUUUACAUCGCCUUUCGAGCUUUCGAUUCAGGUUGGACGAACGACCAUCUCCAGGCUCGUUGACUCUUCGGUCUACCAAGCGGAUCGGUUCGUUGUGCAUCCGUGGUACGACAAAGAAAACAGUUUGAUCAACGAUAUUGCUCUGGUCAAGCUGAUGGAUCCACUGGAGUUUUCGGAAAUGGUACAGCCAGUUAGGCUGCCCCCGCUUUGCUAUGAAGUUGAGGAACCAAACAGCAAGGUGACAGUAAUUGGCUGGGGAAGAACUGAAACUGGUAACAUAUCGGAAAUUCUACAAAAAUUGCACUAUUUCGUCAUCCCAAAUUCAGUUUGUAGCCAGCUGCACAGUACGUGGAUUAAACCAACGCAAAUUUGUACCGCUUAUCCCGGACCGUAUAAAGGGGAUUCCGGUGGUCCACUAAUGCACCAAGGACUACAGGUGGGAAUUGUUUCGUGGGGUCGUAAGCCAUUGCCAGGAGUUCUGACCAAGGUAUCACAAUACAUUAAAUUUAUCUAUAUGCAUACCGAUUUGGCACUCGACGAUGUUGAAUUUCUUCCAUGUUUUCAAGAGGGCUUAUAG